AUGGGCAAGCGCAAGAAGUCAAGCUCGAAGCCCCAAGGGCCCCGAAAGAGGGAGCCUCUUGCUACCACAUUUUCCUGUCUCUUUUGCAACCAUGAGAACUCUGUGGUCGUCAAGUUAGACAAGAAGCUCGGACUGGGAGAUCUGUCAUGCAAAGUUUGUGGCCAAAAGUUCCAAACUGGUAUCAAUUAUCUCUCUGCCCCCGUGGAUGUCUAUUCGGAUUGGGUAGAUGCAUGUGAUGCAGUUGCGAAGGACACUGCCAACCAGUAUGACGCACCGAACCCGAGCCAGCUAGGACAGAGAGGGAUCAGCAAGCAGGGUAUUCCAGAAGAGACCGGGCAGGGCGAUGGCUAUGAUGAUGACUAUUGA